GGAAACUCUCGGUUAUAAUAGUUUCAGUGAAGAGCCACUCCUUCCAUCAGCCUCCAUCCCCUCACCAUCAGCUGACUUUGCCCUCACUAUAGAUGCAGACAAGCAAAGAGAACUGCUGAUACCAUAUAAGAAAAUAGCAGUAUGUAUCUGGGUGCCAUGUACAGUACAGUAUCCUUUUAUUAGACACUGAAGCUUCCAUGACCUAUAAUUGUAAUGGAUGGAUUUGCUCUUUUUAAUCUUAACCGUCACAUUCUAAUCAGUACAUUCUGUAUUUUGUAUUGUUUUUUGUUGGAUUUGUGAUUUUUUUUUUUUUUUUUUAGUCCUCUUACCUCAUUGUUACCUAACUUGCUGAGAUGUCAUUCUCUCCCUUUGUUUAGAUCUAUUACUUGAUGGUGAUGGAAAGAGUUCGUAGUCUCACUCUUGUCAUAGCCAGACUUACCUAUACUGUACAGUAUAUACAAUUUCUCAGCACAUACUGUAAUAUUGGGUCUUAGGUCAUCAAAUUUUAGAAUCUUUCAUAAUCCAGUGGAAGUUGCUUUUUAUUUAUUUGAUUUCUUUGGAGCCAUGAAUAACACAUAUACCUUAACUUUUUUCUAUAAGUAUACAGUAUCUUUCUGUUGUCAUCUUUGUAGAGAACAUCAGAUUGACAUAGUUAUAGCCUCUACCUUUUUUUUUUAUUCUUCAUAUGAAAGGAUUAGGCAGUUUAGGAAGAUGUGGCAGCUCAGUGGUGUAGUGUGAAUGUGGCCUCAGUUUUGAACAACCAAAUUAACAAAAAAACUCUCUCUUCAUCUACCUUCAUUGUGUUACCUUGGGUGGUUGAGGCCACCUGGUUUACUGCCUGUAUGUGUGGAGUAAUUUAUGUAUUAUACUGUAUCAUUAUAUAAUUACUUAGCGUACUUGCAUUUACAGAGGGAAUAUUCUUGAGUAAACUGAACUGGUAUCUUGGGAACAUAUGAAUUACAAAUUAAAAAAAAAAUCAAAAAGUAGAUUUAUUCCCAGACUGCCAGCACCAUGUCACUAUGUAUGGAGUUGGGGUUACUACUGAAGUAUUUGGUGGGUUAGGAGAGUUAUACUUGGCAGUGUAUCCAUAGAAGGACAUUAUACAGUAACUGGAAGUGACCCAUAUUUAAGGUGGGCUUGUUCAGUACACCUUGGAUAAGAAGAUGAAGAUUCAUGAUUUCACUGUACUCUCGCUCCAAAAACAUUCUUUUGAAUUAUGUGUUAGACAAUAUGACACAACGGUUGAAGGAUUUUGAAAACCAUACAUAGACAACAGGAGUCGCAGUGUUCAUUUUGAAAUUCAUCGGACCCCUCCGAGUAGAGCGAGUACUGUAUACAAUAAGGGAUGAAUGUAGGACCCCUGUAGGACCAAUUGUAUGUAGAUGGUAGACAGUGAGAAGGCAGGGAAUGUCAUACACAAGAAAGUGCAAAGAAAGGCAGAGGUAAAUGAUACAAGUUUAUUACAGUAAAUGUAACUUAUACAGAUUUAAUAAAGUGUGGACAAGGCAGGAACUCAAACUGAUACUUGAUGGACUCCAGCACUGAUGGGAAAGUACAGUAGUGUGAGUGUGAACCAUGCAAAGCUGAACAGAUUUGGCAGUUUGAUAUUUGUCAGCAAAAACUAUUCUUAACAUACUAAACAAGGAAAAAAGAGAGACCCUUAUUUGGAAUACCUGUAUCUGGUAUUGGGAUUUUAUUGUACUGUGUAUGAAGUGGACUGACUCUUUACAGUAUUACACUUAAUAAAUGCCAUGACACCAUAAGCAGGAACACUCAUGACAGGUGUACAGACUACAUCAUUUAUCCUUAUGACAGAUCUUCACAACACAUGCAGAAUGAAGCAGGUGUACAACUGGAGUUAAUCAGUACAGUACCUUAUUGUCAUUCACCAGCUGGACCUGACACUCGCCAACCUCCAUCUUGUGCGGGGGAGUUGACAGCUUGUUUUAGUAAAGAAGAGAGGUUAGCCAUGUAUGAAUACACACUACAGAGCGCUGCACGGGUAGCAACACCACCAGAAAUUCUUCCAAUGGAAACUUAUAAAUCUGUGGAUAACCAGCCAAAGGAGCUGUCAGAAUUAGAACUGAUGAAAGCAGUCAGGGAUUUCAAGCGGCGUCGUCAAGCUUACAGAACGAAAGUCUCUACAAAGAACAAAAGUCAGACUCAGGUGACCCGAGAGAUUAUCCACAACAUGAUGGUGUUCCUCGGUGCAGAGGAAACGGAACCUGAAAAUUUACACCCGAAAGAAGAUUCUGUUGUCCCUGCAAAUUUACCAGAGAAUGGCUGUAGUGAGCGCAGCAACCAAGAGAGAAAGAAGAUAACAUCAGCGUCUGGACCUUUAGACGAGAAACAGUAUAACAGGACUGGUAUUAGUGGAGGGAGAGAUAAGAGAGACUCCGACAGAGAUUAUGAAACUAAAGUGAGGUGGAGAGAGAAAAGAGAAGACGAUAGUAGUAGUAGAUACAAACAAAAGCACGAAAGGGAUUAUGAAACUGACAGCCACAGGAAAAAUCAAAUGGAAAGACAAGUAGAAUAUGAAAAGGACAUGAAGAGAAGCAAGAGAGAGAGUGAAAGUAGAAGAAAAUAUGACGAAGAAUAUUACCAAGCUAGAGACAAGAGAGGGAGGGAGAGCAAGGAGAGAUAUAGGGAAAGAAAGCACAGUACGAAAACAUUAUACAAAUACAAGGAUCAUAGACAGAAACGAAAGGAUACCGACGACCAAAUUUACGAGAGAUUUGAGGAUGAAAACAAAAGUAAUAAUAGACGGAAAGACAAUGCCGAAAUUUCUCCCACAAUUUUGAGUAAAUUAGAAGACGGUAAAGAUGUUGGAAAAGAGGAAAACAGUUGGGAUACAGGAUUGGAGGCUAGUGUAAAGGAAAGUUGUGCUGAAGAUGGGGAAAUAUCAAGCCAUGAGUCGGACAUCACUUGCAGUAAUAAAGAUUCCAAGUAUAGUCCUUCCUCAAGGCACAGAAAAAAAUCAAAGUUGAAGAAAGAGAAGUCCAAACGUAAACAAAGAAAAAAGCGAAAACAUAAGACUCACAGACACAGCCAUUCAGACAGUGAGGAGAGUGUAAGUGACGACAGCAAGUUUAGGAAGAAAAGUACAACAGAUAUUUACAGUCAUGAAGAAAGUAUUGUCUAGUAAUAAAAUUCUUCAUUCUAUUGACUGACAUCCAUACUCUGAAGAGCAUGUAAAGUCCAACCAUUAGUACUUGAUAUGCAAUGAACUAUUGUAAAGAAAUUGUUUGUGUAACACAACAUGACCUCUUUAGAUCAGCACUUUGCAACAUGGUUUACCUCAUAUCAACUUCACGUAUGAUUCAUCUUUUGUCAAAAAUUAUAAAAAGAGUUA